AUGAAUUUCACACUGGAAGCUGAAUUUCACACCCACAACCUCACCAAUCUUUGGAGACCCGGAGGACCCAGGAGUUUCCAAGCUGUGCUGCCACCCGAGCUCUGGAUCCACCUGGCUGUGGUGGCCUGUGGCAAUCGGCUGGAGGAGACACUGGUCAUGCUCAAAUCAGCUGUGCUCUUUAGCCACAGGAAAAUCCAAUUUCACAUCUUUACUGAAGACUCUCUGAAGCCUGAGUUUGAUAAACAGUUACGACAGUGGCCUGAAUCAUACACAAAGAAAUUUGAGCACAGAAUCUAUCCUAUCACAUUUUCUGUUGGAAACCCUCAGGAAUGGAAGAAAUUAUUCAAACCCUGUGCUGCCCAAAGACUCUUUCUUCCGGUGAUUUUAAAAGAUGUGGACUCACUUCUCUACGUGGACACCGAUGUUCUCUUUUUGAGACCUGUCGAUGACAUCUGGAAGCUUCUGAGACAAUUUAAUUCCACCCAGCUUGCAGCCAUGGCCCCAGAGCAUGAAAUCCCGAAGAUUGGCUGGUACAGCCGCUUUGCACGGCACCCUUUCUAUGGCUCUGCAGGAGUUAAUUCAGGAGUCAUGUUAAUGAAUUUAACUCGAAUAAGAAGUGCCCAGUUCAAGAACAGCAUGAUUCCAACAGGCUUGGCUUGGGAGGACAUGUUGUACCCUCUGUACCAGAAGUACAAGAAUGCCAUCACGUGGGGAGACCAGGAUUUAUUAAAUAUUAUUUUUUAUUUCAAUCCAGAGUAUCUCUAUGUGUUUCCCUGCCAGUGGAACUACCGUCCCGAUCACUGCAUGUAUGGAAGCAACUGCAGAGAGGCUGAGCGUGAAGGUGUGUCUGUUCUGCAUGGGAACCGAGGUGUCUACCAUGAUGAUAAGCAGCCAACUUUCAAAGCACUCUAUGAAGCCAUACGGGAUUUUCCCUUUCAAGACAAUCUCUUUCAAUCCAUGUAUUACCCUCUUCAGCUGAAGUUUUUGGAGACUGUGCACACUUUAUGUGGACGAAUCCCACAAGUUUUUCUGAAGCAAAUUGAGAAAACAAUGAAAAGGGCUUAUGAGAAACACGUCAUCAUCCACAUCGGCCCCAACCAGAUGCACUGAAUAUUUCGUCUUGUUGCGAGUCAAUUAAGUAUCUUGUGACCAAGGAAAUAAUCUUUAAGAUGCCUGGAUCUUUUUUGUGUAAAUAUUUAAUGGUGCUCCAUAACUGUUGAGUUUUAAAAGCCUUGUUAAAUUUUGCUAAAUUAGUUGUCCCUAAAAGGGAAUAUGCUUUUCUUUAAUUUUUUUAAAAAAUGCUAUUUAUCUUUGUUUUUUUAAAAAAAAAACAACAAAACUAUUAUUAUGCAUUUAACGUUGUUCAAGCAGAUUGAGCUAGCUGUGAAGAGGAACUUUUGUGAGCCUUCCAAUUCCUGUUAAGUGUCUGAGACCAUUUCAUUGGCAUCUGGGGUGUUAUAUUUAUCUAGCAUUCCUGAGCCUCUUUCUAUGCAAUUGGCUCCCCCCACACCCUUAUUAUAAAAGUAAUACAUACUUGUGAAACAAACAAACAAACUGAAUGUAGAGAUAUAGGUCAAUGGACCAAAAUCAAGAUGAGAUCAGCCAUAAUCCCAUCAACCAGUGGAAA